GUGACCACUUAAGCUUACAUUAAAUUGGUGUUUAAAAACAGAAAUCAAAGGCUGCAAUCGCUCCUCAUGCUGUCGCUAUUGAUCAUGCUACAACUAAGUCUGAGCCGUUCGCCUUUCACUAUAUGGAUACUUGGAUAGAUCAGUUGAUUUGAGGCCAGAGAACGGCAAGAGAUUAGAAUUAGAUUAUGAUAAAGAGAUACCUAAUUAAACGAGACGACGGAAAGAACCGCAAGCUGAAACGCUGACGGGGCGGAUUGACCUGGCCAGCAAAUUUGUUCAAUCGCAGUACAAAUUUGCUGACACGAACGACCUCCAUCAAUACCGAUAUCUCCGAAAUAAUGUGAUCAUUAGAAUAGUCUCGGAGAAAUCUCCCAUGACGUAAUGUCUUAUGCCAGAAAAUGUAUAGAUAUUCCGACCACCUAUCUUUUGAGCCUGGAGCUGGGCAUUUUCGACGCAAAUUCUCCCGGCUUCAUUUUUCAACCAAACUCUCCAGAUGGCAUCGACACCCCAUGUGUGGCUGAUUACAGGCUGCUCAGCUGGUUUCGGCAUUUCAAUUGCUCGUGCAGUCCUUGCCCAUGGACAUCUUGUGGUUGCAACCUCUCGGAAUCCGACGAAAACACCAGACCUGGUUGAAGAGAUCACGCAAAAGGGUGGGCACUGGUUGACGCUUGACGUGACAAGCCCCGAAGAGGAUAUUAAAAAGGUGGUCGAGAAGGCCCGGGAUCUGUAUGGUCAUAUUGAUGUUGUUGUCAAUAACGCGGGCUUUGCGGUAGUCAGCGCACUAGAGGACGUCGACGAGAGCGCCAUCAGAGCACAGUUUGAGACAAAUGUGUAUGGGCUUAUCAAAGUCACAAAGUCCGUUCUACCAAUAAUGCGGAAUUCGCGCUCUGGAACUAUUGUGAACAUGAGUUCUGUGGGUGGUUUGAGAGCACUACCUGCUGUCAGCUUGUAUUCAGCAUCAAAACAUGCCGUCGAAGCUAUCAGCGAAGCGCUCGCACUCGAAUUGUCACCUUUCGGCAUCAGAGUUCUUUUAGUAGAGCCCGGAGCAUUUCGAACCAAUUUCCUUGGACAAAAUGCAGUCUCUUACCAGCCACCCAGUGAUCCAUAUCUCGGGACAGCCGUCGAGAAAACCCAGCAGUAUCUCCAUAGCGAGAAUGGAAAGCAACCUGGUGAUCCCGAAAAAGCGGCAGAAAGAAUUUAUGAAGUCGUUAUGGGAGAAGGAAUGGCUAAAGAUAAAAAACAGUAUCUUAGGUUGGUUUUGGGCAACAAGGCUUAUGAAAACGCUCGUCUUAAAGUUGCCGACCUUUCGGAGAACUUUCUCGCCUUGGAGGACAUUUCUAGAAGUACGGACUACUAAGUAUUUUCGAGGGCGACAAUUGCAGUUUAGUCAAGUUGUAUAAUCAUAAUUAAG